AUAACAAAAAAAUUCUUGUUAAUCAUCAAAUAACUUGCACUUGCACCUGUUUUAAUAAGAAAAAUUUAAAAAAAAAGAUAAAGAAUUUAAAAGAAAAACAAAUAGUGAGAAAAAUAUAAUAAAGAUAAAAUACCAAAAUUUAUUUUUCAACAUUAAAAGUACCAGAAUUUGGGAUUUAUUCUCUUAAGCAGAUGAAAAAAGAAAACAAACUCCUCAUCACAGCAUUGUUUGAUAAUUAGUGUUGCCAACUUUUAAAGCAGCUCAGACAAUUGGAAAGAUCAUAAAAGCAUUCCUAUUUUUAAACAACAUUAUAUAACUGCCAAAAUUCCUUUAUCUACAAGUUUACAAAAUGGCACCCAUGCCCAGUAUUAAAAAUAACCAGAAACCCAAUACAAAUUAUUUAUAUGCCACAAAUGAUUCAGGAGAUAGUUGUUCUACUCCAUCCAGUCCACCAUCAAGUACAGAUCCCGGCAAAUCACAAUGUUCUUCCCUCUCCGAUGGUGAAUCCUUUGAGGGUUAUGGUGAAAAUGAAUUAGUUAGCAUACAUUCCACACAUGAUCAUGUCGAUCAUUCGCUCUCCACCAAUGAUGGCAAUAAUAACUUAAAUGGCAGUUCAGGUAUUGAAUUGGAUUUGGCACCACAUGGUGGCAAUAACUCUACGCCUCAACAUGAUGAUGAUGAUUUAAAUUUUAUACCACGCGAUAAUUGGGCACGUAUGAGCUUAAGACGUACACCCACCAAGUAAGUUUGUUUUUUUUUACGUUUUCUUUUUUU